GCACACAUAUAGUGACAUCAUUAUAUGUUGAUAAUUUCGCCGUUGAUUCUUCCUCCACAGGUGUUUAGUAGGAUUAAAUUCUGUGGAUUACUGACUACAGUGGGCAUCUACAAUCUCUUCCUCUCUCUCUCUCUCUCUCCCUCUCUCUCUCUCUCUCUCCCUCUCUCUCUCUCUCUCUCUCUCUCUCUCUCUCUCUCUCUCUCUCUCUCUCUCACCCUAAUAUACAUACAUACAUACACACACACAUAUAUAUAUAUAUAAUUCGAUUAUUCUUUUAAAAGAUUUUCAUCUUGAAAAAUCAAACAUGCCACAAGAUAGUAUUUUCGGUUGAUAUAUAUUAUAUAAAACGUGUGUGUGCGUGUAUAUAUACACACGCAUAUAUAUAUAGCAUCUUUGACUACACACACACACACAUAUAUAUAGCUUCUUUGACUACACACACACACAUACAUGCACACACACACAUACAUGCAUACACACACAUAUAUGUAGCCUCUUUGACUAUUUAAUAAACAUAUGAUCAGAUCAUGUCAUUGCAUUCGGUGAUCGGACACUAACAGGGCUGGUGGGUACCUGGUUUGACAUCAAGUCGCCUUGGACUAAGUUAUUAAGCCUGUCAAACGAUACGUACUAUUUUAGCUGCUGUUAUAAUAAUGAUGCAGCAGCAGUGGUUGUUGCUGGUGCUGCUGGUGUUUGCCGCCACUGUUGCUGCUGCUACUACCAUCUUUGUGUAAAGCCUAUCGAUAUAUUCGCUCGUCUGAUCACACUCUAGCAGCAGAUGAAGAGUGGCUUGCCACACACACUGCUAAAGACAGCGGAGAAAAAAGGCGAGCGGAGAAGAAGAAGCGGCAGUUGCAGAGAAGGGGGCACGCCAUACUACAAGGCGGAUGAUGAUGGUGCUUGUAUAAGAGAGGAGAGAGACAAGACGUUCGUAUAUACAUACAGAGUGAAAAAAGCGAAAUAUAAAAAGAAAUUUAAAAUCAAAAAGAAAAAAAGAGAGAAAGGAUACCAGGAAAGAAAAGAAAAACGAAAAAAUUCACAUUAUAUUUAAAAAAAAUUGAUUUAUUAAAAAAAAAAGGCAUCUCGGAAAAGAAUAUACAUAUAAAUAUAUAUAUAUGUCCGGCAAAUUACCAAUAUUGUGUUUUUGACGUGAAGAGAAAAGAUACUGAAUUGACGAGAAGGCUUUGAAACCGUGAUUAAUUAAUUACAGCUAAGUGUCGUCCUUGUUGUGGCUGGGGCUCGAACCUUGUUCUGUCUCUCUCCUGCUCUCUCUGGCUUUAUAGAUACACCUAUAUAUAUAUAUAUAUAUAUAUAUAUAUACAUAUAUAUAACCCUUCGUUAUUUGAAAAAAAUCUCCAUUCCAUCCCUCGAUCAAAGUCGUCUCGGUGCUGUCCAUUUCAUUCUGUCGAUUUUUUCUUACCAAUUUGUGUUUUUCGAAGAAAGAAAAAAAAAUCUAUCGACAAGAAGCAACAACUGCUUUAAUUACAGUACAACAUUGCUUGUUGCUGCUGUGUCACACUAUAUACACUCACUCCUACAUAUAUACGUAUACAUAUAUAUAUAUAUAUAUAUAUAUAUAUAUUUAAACCUACAUACAGGCAUACAGACACACGUACCUAUGUGCAUUGAUGUAUACAUCAAACAGGGCCACUGGCAAUGCACAUUAUAAUUAUUAUCACUGAGCAUAAUAUACUGCAAUGUUGAGUAACUAGUCAUCUUCAGCUUGGGCUAUCCAUCAUCAAACGAUAGCACUCACUUUCAGGGCGGCGGCGGCACACACACACACCACAGAGUGCCUGUGUGUGUGUGUAUGUGUGAGUGCAUGUAUCAUCUAUGUUGUAUAUGUGUGCGUACGUGUGCAGUCUAGCUGGUUUGCCUGCUGUGGCAUCCUACUACCUCUGUACCAAUCUCCGUCUCCGAGAUCUCCCGUUCCAAUUCCUCUCCCAGACGUUACGGAAGCACCAACCAAAAACGGGCGGACGACAACGGGCGAACUACACAGUUCGUCUUCAGGUCCUCCUCCUCUGCCGCCUUCACCCCCUCUUGUCGUCGCCGCAUCGGCUUCAUUUUCUGUUGGGUUUUUAACUCCCCGCCAUUAUUUGCUGACACUGGUGCAAUAGCUCCAGUCAGGCUGUCAUUUCCUGACAACAAACACAUCAUCUGCAACAGUGAAAACUCCCAAUAUGUCGACCAACCGUCGACCAUCUCUUCCGCCUAUGCCUGAUAUAAGUCAUCUUACUGAAGAUGAACGCCGAAUUAUCGAAGAUGUCCUUAAGAGACAACGAGAGGAAGAGGAACGGGAGCAACAGAUGAUACAACAAAUGCAAGAUGAAUUUGAUAGCUACCAACAAGCAGUAAAAAAAUUAAGUGAGGAAACCAAACAAGUAACUCCACAAGAUGAAGGUGCUGUCUGUCAAAUCUGCCAUAAAACAAAAUUUGCUGAUGGUGUUGGGCAUAGUUGUCACUACUGUCACUUAAAAUCAUGUGCCAGAUGUGGUGGCAGAAUUACAAUGCGUGGGAAUAAGCCUGUACCUGUGAGUGGCAAGGAAGUCAAAGAUCUCAGUGGUCAAAACGUCACUGUAAUAUGGUCAUGCAAUUUAUGUCGUAAAAAGCAAGAGAUUUUAGCAAAGACUGGGGCUUGGUAUCAUGGCGGUAUGGCACGACCUGUUGCUCUUGAUGUCGGUGAUACCGCUUCUGGUAGUGAAACAGCUUCUACAAAAACAGAUGUCAGCCCACCGAAUGAAAAGAAAGCAAAGAUUUUAGCAAAACAACAAACUGACAAUGGGGCUAGUUCUGAAAAAGAAAAUAUUGAUAAAAAGUCUGUUUCUCGAUCAGGGAGUUUACAAAACCGUGGUUUAAAGCGUCAGUAUUCAUUGUCUGAAGUCCAAGGAAAUAAGCAAAACGAUUUGAAAGAUCGACCAACAGAUAAUACCAGUGGAACUAUUGUAUCUGAGAAAGAAAAACUUCGAGAAAAAGGUCAAUUACAAGACCGUGGCAGAGACGUAGAACGUGGACCAUCUGCUCGAGGAAGCAAUGUUGAAGGAUCAAAACAUCAUGAUGGGAAAGUACAUUCAAGAGAGGAAUCUGCCAGGCGUUAUGAUAAACGUUCAGACAGAGAUAAAUCACACGAAAAAGAUGAAAGGAAUAGGGAAAAACAUCAAGGACGUUUCAGGGAUGGUUCUACUGAUAGAUUUAAUGAUGAAAAACGUGUAGAUCAUUCUGGACGAGAAACUGGAGAUCAUUACCAUGAAAGAGAUCAACGAAAACCUAGGGAUUCAUCUCGAGAACCCUCGAGAGAUAGAUUAAAAGGUUCAAAAGAGUCUCUUUCAUCCCGAAGUCAUCGCACUGACCGAGCCGACAGAUCAGAACGAGUUGCUGACCGCAAUGAGAGGGUUGACCGUACAGCAGAGCCACAUGAGGACUGGAUGGCAGACAGACACCGUGAGGGGGAUCGCCGUCGAGGUAGAAUUAAUUUGGAAUCCGAACAUUACCAGGACCCUGUUUUAAAUAAUCAAGAUUAUCAUGAGUCAGAUACAAGGCCAACUAGAGAGCCCCGCCAAAAAGAUGGUUAUGAAGAAGAACAGUGGAAAAAUGUUGAUUCUUCUAGUGGCCAUCAUGGACGACGAAAUGCUACACGUCACCAGAGAGAUCAUCAACGUGCCGAUCAAAAUAAAGAUCAUCCCCAAGAAGCUGUUAGAGGCCACAGAGAUUCAUUGAAUAAAAGAGAUCAUAUUAGGGAACAUCCAGCACAUUCUAGAGAUCAUCGUGGAGAAUUACAAAGAGAAUUACCAAGGGAGCAGCACCCAAGAGAGCGAAAAGACCAUAUUACAGAUUCAAAAGAUAGUCGAUCCCCGAGUCGUGAUCGUGAACGGACUCGGGGUUCGAAGGGAGAUAAAUACAGCUCAUAUAUCACCGAUCAAUCAUCAAUUCAGGUAGUAAGUACAGGGCACCAUGAUAGAGAAGCGUCAGAGAUUGAACAUAGAGGUGAAACUGAUAGAUAUUUUGAUAGAAAACAACAUUUGGAUCCUAAUUCAGCUGCAAAUAAAAGUUCUAGAACUAACCGCCGCAAAGUUGAAAGUAUGUUACGCAAUGAUUCUCUGAGUUCUGACCCGUCUGACUGCGUCAGGCCACCUCCACCUAAGCCGCAUAAACAUAAGAAAGGUAAAAAACAAAGACAGCAGUCGAUUAGUAGUUCUGAUGACGAAAUCCGAUCAACUCCAGAAUGUUCUAGUUGUGAAGAGCCUGAUAUGGAAAGUGAAAGUGUUAGUGAAAAAGCUGCUUUCUAUUGGAGUCAGAAAGGAGAUUUUGAAGCCUUGACUUCUGAUGAUCAUUGGAAAAAGGAUGAGAUACUUGCUGCUAAGAUCAAAAAAUUUCUAUCGCAUCCUGUAACAUGGCAGCGAUCUGCUAAUGGACGCUAUUACAUUGGUCACAUGAUCUUGAAGAAAACAGUUCUUGAAGGAACUGGUUCCAGAGAUUCUAGUGCAAUUUUAGUUUGUCUGGAAAGGCCGAGGCAAAAGCGCAGGUCAAAAGAAUGGGAAGGAAGCUUCAAAGCAAGUUUAAAAGUUGUUGGUGGUCGAAUGACAGAAAAAGGUCAACUUGGUGCAUUCAUUACAAAAGUAAAAAAAGGCAGCAUAGCAGAUACUGUGGGCCAUUUGCGGGCAGGAGAUGAAGUUGUGGAAUGGAAUGGACGAUCAUUGCGUGAAGCCACAUUUGAAGAAGUGUAUGACAUCAUUUUUGAAACCAAACACGAACCUCAAGUAGAGCUAAUUGUACAUAGAAAUGCAAAAACUGGUGAGAUUCCUCCUGGCUUGCAGCAAAUUGAGCCUUCAGGUAGAGCAGAUUAUAGUUCAAAAGAUGGUCUCAUGACUCGUCCCAGUGUCAUGGUCACUUCCCCUGGAUCACCGAGUGCCUCAGGAAAGCGGGUCCAUUCACCGCAAAUUACCGGAAAAAUUCAAAUUCGAAUGUGGUAUGAUGAUAGUCGUUGUGAAUUGUCAAUUUGCAUUGUCAGUGCCCUGGACCUACUUCCUUCAGCAGAUGGCAAACUGCGCAACCCAUACUGUAAGCUGUAUUUACUUCCUGACAAAAGUGAGAAAACUAAAAGACGCACAAAAACAAUUCCCAACACCAAUGACCCAACGUGGAACCAAACAUUUGUCUAUGUUGCUGGUAAAGAAUCACACUUCAAACAAAGAUUAUUAGAAAUUACAGUAUGGGAUUAUGACAGACUUGGUGCGAGUGAAUUUCUUGGAGAAGUAAUAAUUGAUUUAUCUCGAGCCAAUUUUAAGGAUGAUCCUCUGUGGUAUCCACUACGGCAGCAGGAUGAAUCUAAUAUUCAACUGCCCACAUCUUCCUCACGCACAAAAAGUAGCCAUGAUCCUGGUGAUAUUCAAAAGGUUCAUCUUUCCCCACCUGUUGGCUCUCGGGGUUUCAGUGACAGUGAUAUGUCAGAAUUUGAUUAUGAUGACAGUUUUCAAACAGGUGCUGCUCUUUUAGAAAGGAUGGGUGGAAGUAGCAUCAGCUCUCUGAGUAGCGCCAUCAGUGCAGCACACCUCAAUGAGGAUUAUUCUGAGAUUAUGGAUGGCAGGUGCAAAUCUCGCAGAGAUCGUGGGGUUGGAUCACCAACUACCAGACGGCGCAGUGGGACAGUUAUUGCCAGAGAUGAACUUGAUGAUCACCGUAAACAUAACCAUCCUGAAGGAGGGUCCCUUGUCGUUCCAGAGAAAGGAACACGACAGAGAUCUCGGUCACCGGUUGAAGAUAUGAAUCAUGGAUCCUCUCGGACUACUCGAUCUCCAGCCCGUCACCAAGUGCCUGAGACAUUGUCAAGGUCAUUAUCUCCCCAUAGUUCCAGACAAAAUCGUGGUAUGUCCCCUAUACGAGUGCUACCUACCACAUCACGGUCUGCUGGAGGCACACCUUCAAGUACACCUUCUCCAAAGAAACGACAGUUACCUUCAAUACCAAUUGAAGCACAGAUUGCCAGUAGAGAUCGAGUAACACAAGAUUUAGAGGAACGUGCUAGACAAAUGAAACUAAAAAUGAAAAUAAAUGCUCAACAUAGGCAUGGAACUGCCAAUCACGGUGCUCCAUCUUCAGAUAGUGAAAUUGCACAUCACCAUCAUCGUAGUCGGUUGCGGGAUGGAGAUUACAGACAUGAUCGUUACGACAUUCAUGGUUAUCAUAGCCGUGGCCGAGAUUUAGAAAGAGGACACAGAUCUAGGAGAAGAAAAGAAUUCAGUCCUGAUGUGUCCGAUGACAAUCUACCCAGUGAUGCUUCAGAAACUAGUGAUAUGUCGGAGGUGUCAAAAGUCAGCACCAUCAGUAUGCGAUCAACACAAUCUGAACGACCUCAUAGGAAAUUUAGCGAAUUCACAUCUAAGAUGGAAAGUCGAACAACAAUUCCAAAGAGGCAGAUUAUUCGAAGCCCAAGUUCCGAAAGUUCAAGUUUUGAACGGAAUGAUGGAAGCAUUUCGGAUUCUGCUGUAUCUUCCAGUGUCAUAGAAGGUAGGAAACGACGGCCAAGCCUCGGUCACAAGGUAGCAGCAUUUGUUGGGCUUUCCCGACGAAGUAGUAGUGCUGUGCAGCUAGCAGAAACAAACAAAAAGAAGGGUUCUGUUAUACGCAGCGAGGAAGUUGGUGGCGGGCUUGAAAUGAGAAGUCGAUUAGCUAAACAGAGCAGCCGUGAUUCUACUGAUGGCAGUAUGGGUAGCAUCAGCAGCAUUGAAUCAUCAGUAAUGUGGUUGCCUCCAAGCCACUAUGGUGACUUUGUGGAAGGUUUGGGCCCUUCACAACUUGUUGGGAGACAGGUACUUGGGGCUCCAUGUCUGGGAGAAAUUCAGCUUGGCCUUUAUGAUCGAAAAGGCCACUUAGAAGUUGAAGUAAUUAGAGCUCGUGGCCUAAUGGCUAAGCCUGGUGCCAAAGUUUUACCUGCUCCCUAUGUGAAAGUCUAUUUAAUCCAGGCCAAACAUACAGUAGAGAAGCAGAAGACCACUAUUGCAAGGAGGACAUUAGAUCCUCUAUAUCAGCAACAAUUAGUUUUUAAUGAAUCUUACCAAGGAAGGGUUUUGCAGGUUACUGUGUGGGGAGACUACAGUCGAACAGAUAGGAAAGUAUUCAUGGGAGUUGCACAAAUAGUAUUGGAUGAACUAGAUUUAUCAAACAUUGUGAUUGGCUGGUACAAAUUAUUUCCAACAUCAUCAUUAGUAGGACAUCAUUCUGGACCAUCCUCUGCAUCAUCACCUCAUACGAGGAAAAGUUCAGCAUCUUCAUUAGAAACCCUUAGUACUGCCACAUCUUGGACUCAGUGAAUCCAAAAAUACUAUACAUAUGGACAAGUAUGUUUGUGUGGGAAUAACAUACAAAGUUAUUCAAAAUGUGCAUAUAGAUUCAUGAUUGAUUGAUUGAUAUAUAUAUAUAUAUACAUAUAUAUAUAUGUUAUAUAUAUAUACAGAUAUAUAACGUAAGACUUGUUUCUUUCAAAGAAUUCAUUUUUUUUUCUUGCCUACUUUGAUUAGGAAACAUUAAAUUCAUAAUUGUUAAAGAUAUGAUAUGGCUACCACCAAAUGUUUUAUAUUUAAGCUAAAUUCUACAUGCCACCAAGUGUAUGUGCUGAAACAUUACGGAUCAAUGUUGCAUGUCAAAAGAACAUUAAUUACUGCAAUUAGAAAAAUUAAUUCCAAAUUUACUAUACAUUUUAUUGUAUGAAAAUUCUUUCAUUCUUGAAUUAUUGAUCUUUGUAAUUCUUGUUGAAAUUUUGGACCAAUGUUUUUCUUAUUCAAAAGUGAUUUGAGAUCAUUUUUUUUUUUUCUAGUAAAUAAUCCUAUCUUUUUUUUUUCACAUAAAAUUGUAAAGGUGAUUCAAACCAUCGUUUUCAUUUUUGAUUAUUAUUGUUAGAAUAAUUCCUAAAGAACGUCUAUUUCAUAAUUAAAUGGAUUUAAAAUGUCAAGUUGAUUCUUCAGAUAUUUCAUAUUUGAAGAACAUUUUGUCCUUCAAUAUUCUAUAGUGUAAGUAAUAUAUAUGAUUUACAAUAGGUAAUAAGUUCUACAAAAAAUAGUUAUUGUUAGUAAAACUAUAACUAAGUGUAAUUUCUAUCAUAUCUCUCACACACAUGCAUAAUAAUUUGCAUUCAUAAGAACAAAUUACGUCUGAGAACUCUAAACUAAUUUAAGAUAAAAUAUAAAAUAUUUAAUCUUCAUAAAGAAUAAACUUAAAUUAAGGAGACAUCUUUAAUUGGCUGGAAUAACAUGAAACUAGUUAUUCCAGCCUGCAACAUUUUAUACAGUAGUACCUGCACAUUAUUGCUAUCUACAUAUGUCAGAUAUGCUGACUUUUAAUAAGAAGGGAAGUUCGCUGUCAUAGCUUGUGAGGGAUCACUGCAGAUAAAGCACUUAUUGAAUUUUCAGUGAAGAGUAUAUUGGAAUGAGUCUUAGGUACCUUCUGUAGAUGCAAAGGAGGACUUGAGCUUAGUCCUGGAAGCUAACAAAACAUUUGCUAAUUAUACGGUGCCCUCACAACUUACAGAAAGUGAACAUACCUAUUCUUAUUCACAGCUCAGCAGUCUGGACAUGCAAAAAGUGGAUAGUGCCUAGUGCCGUGGAUAGUUAAGGAAGGUGCACAGCUGCUGGGGAGACUCCAAGUAGAAGUGAAAUGCGCAGCAUAUACGAGACUGCUCCUUCUUUUACCAUUCAUGAUCAUAUUGUGUACAUAGACAUGUUUACAUUCAUCGUAACCUAUAAUGUUGGCUAAAAAUCUAUAAAUAUGUUCUAUAGUACAUUUUAGCAAUGAAAUGGGAAACUGUUAAUCCAUCAGUAAUUUAAUAUUGUAAAUAUAUGUUUGUGUGUGUGGAGAACAGCUUUACUUUUAAGUAUGUAUUAUUGAAUACAGGACUAUGGCUCUAAGUUUAACAUUUUGUUUUCUGUAUUUCCUUUAUAUCUUUAGAUAUUUCCUUUAUAUCUUUUUGUUAAGACCAAAAAAUUUCCUGGGUCCAUCAGUUUUGAAGUUUUCCUGGUCUUAUCAUCUCUAUGAGGACAAUGUAAAUUAUUUUAUUGGUGGUGGUUGUUAUUGUUGUUUUAUUGUAGACAGGAGUUAUGAGAAUGCUGUUGUCAUUUUCUUAUUUGUUCUCAGUGGACUUUAAAAAGAAAUUUCACAUUGUCAAUAACAAAUGAUUCCUGUCUGCAGUAAAAUGGCAUUAAUAAUCUCUACUUAAAUCAGUUACUGGAGGAUAAGACCAAGAUCUUAAAAGUCUGGUAGACCUUGAAAGUAUUUUGUUCCUAAGGAAGGGAUUAAUAAGGAAACAGGAAAAUUUCUAAAUAAAAAGUUACAAACUAGGCAUAGUCAUGUGUAUAAACGUAUGUUUAUAUAUACACAUAUAAUACAGCCAAUUUACUCUGUAAAGUGGUUAGCGAUAGAAAGGGCAUUCAGCCAUAAAAAUGCCAAAAAUGAAACAGAAAUUAGAUAUAAUUCCCAGCUUGUCUAACAGAAAAGUAACUCCAAAUAAGAACUCACUUGGUCAGUGACUACGUGUCCAAAUCACGCCAGCAUGGAAAAGAGAUGUAAAAAUAGUGAUGAUGAUGUCAUGAUGAUAAUUUAAAUUGGCUUACAUAAGCAGCAAGUAGCUUAUUAAAAGUUAUCCUCUUUUACAAGCAUGAGUUUAUGAGACAUUUAAAUCAUUUUAUUCAUUGUCUAACAGUGAAUAGGUAAAACUACAUCUGCUUUCUGUAUGCAUUGAAAUUAAGUUCUGUUUUAGUUAAAAUUUAAGAAAUAUAUAAUUCACAAAGUUCAUUUAGGGUAGUAAAAGUAUUUUAAAAAAUAUAUUUAGUUUCCGCUGACCCAGUUCUUAGAUUUCAGAAAUGACACUUAUUACUAACAUUUUAUUCUGUAUUAUCAAGAUUUAUACAAAUUUUAAAAACAGAAAUAGAGAAAACUCCUUAAAAUUUAAUUAGCAGUUAUUCUAAUUAAAAUUAUUAAGAGUCAAUACCAUUUGUGCCUAAAUUUCUCUUCAUUUGUGUUCAUUCUACAUUCGCCUCCUUUCAUUAGAAAAGGUCUCGGUGAUGUGACAGAAUUCCUAAUACGUCAUUGGGGGGGGAAAAAAAGCAUUUUUAGUAUUUCAAUUAUUUAGGGACUUGCUAUAAUAGUUAUUGUUUAUUCUUAGGUCUGCUCUGAUUGAGCUGACCUGUAAUGAAAGACAUUCAAAUCAUGACCAUCUCAUCUUUGUAUUUUUUGUUUUGUUUUGUUUUUUCCAGACACAUCUUGGUUAACAUUAUACACUAGGCCACAUCUUUAGGAGAGUAGAAAGUGUGUUUGAGUGAUAUUUCGCUGCUAUAUCUAGGAGUUCAUACAGGCUCCUGUUUUGUAUUAUUAUAAUAGUAGCAAUUGUAGUGAUAAUAUAAGGAAUGAUAUUACCAAAAUGGAUUUCUGUAAGUAGCAAAAAAUAUAGCAUUCAUGUGGAUAGCUUGUACAUCAUAUGUAUAUAUAUAUAUAUAUAUAU